AUGGAAGCUGCUGGCGUUAUGAACCAUUUCUCGUGUGUUGUCGUUCGGGGUAUCUGCGAUUAUGCAGACUCACACAAAAACAAGGAGUGGCAAGGCUACGCGGCAAUGGCUGCAGCUGCGUUUGCCAAAGAUCUUCUUUGCAGACUUCAAAGAGCCCGCUCACUUGUUCCCCCAGAGAAAGUACAUCAAGACACUCACGAAGCGGACUGUUUGAGAACCCUACGUGACACAGAUCCGUCGGACGACAAGGCACGCAUCGAGGAGACAAAAGGAGGCUUACUUCGCGACUCUUACAAGUGGGUUCUCAGCCAUGAUGGGUUUUGUCAAUGGCGUGACGACCCGGAGAGUCGACUGCUUUGGAUUCAUGGUGACGCAGGAAAGGGCAAGACUAUGCUUCUCUGUGGCAUUAUUGACGAGUUGGAAGCUGGUGGCAAUCACCUAGUCUCAUACUUCCUUUGCCAGGCGACGGAAACAAAGCUGAACAAUGCGACGACAUUGAUUCGAGGGCUUAUUUACUUAUUCGCCAAAAAAAGGCGCCAUUUGCUUUCACAUGUCCAGAAAGAAUUCGACAUGGCGGGUAAAAACUUGUUUGAGGAUCGAAACGCCUGGCAAAUACUAAGCAGGCUUCUUGGAGCAAUACUCAGCGACCCUCGGUCCAGCAACGCGGUGAUAGUCAUCGACGCACUUGAUGAGUGCACAAAGGACCUGUCACGUCUUCUCGACUUGAUCACCAGAUUCUCCCGAUCCUAUCAAGCCAAGUGGAUUGUGUCGAGCAGAAACUCGCCACCCAUCGAGGAGAAGCUAGGCAACUCCUCACAAGGUUCAAGAUUAAAUCUCCAGCUUAAUGAGAACCUGAUUGCUACCGCUGUCGAAACUUUCAUCUGCCAUAAAGUACAGUUCUUGGCACAAGUAAAAAGGUACGAUGAUGCUACCAAGGAAGCAGUGAAAAACCAUCUAAGCAGAAACGCCGAUGCCACCUUUCUAUGGGUAGCCUUGGUCUGCCAGGAGCUUGGAGAUCACCAGGUUCGAAGACGUCACACACUUCAAAGGCUCAAGUCAUUCCCUCCUGGUCUUGAUGCUCUUUACCAGCGAAUGCUCCAGAAUGUUUGCGAAUCUGAGGAUGCAAAGUUAUGCAAGGAAGUCCUAGCUACUGCUCUUACCGUUCUGCGGCCACUUAGUCUGUUGGAAAUCACAUCACUCAUUUCACAAUUUGAGCUUGAUGACGCCGUGGAGGUCAUUCACUCCUGUGGCUCGUUUGUGACGAUUCGGCACGACAUGGUAUAUUUUGUCCAUCAAUCCGCGAAGGACUUUCUACUGGACCGAGCCAAAAAUACAGUUAUGCCAUUCGACAUGAGCCACAAUAAUUACAGAAUAUGCAUCAGGUCGCUGGACAUUCUUGCUGAAACAUUGAAACGAGACAUGUACAGCCUCAAGGAGCCAGGGACUCUAAUAAGUGAAAUAGCUCAGCCGGAGCCAGAUCCUUUGGCCCCUGCAAGAUAUUCCUGCUUAUUUUGGGUGUCGCAUCUUUCGACGUCACUUCUCCGCCGUCCCAGUCGAGAAUUGCUGGGAGACUGGCAAAGCGCUGUUGCAAGAUUUAUUGGACAGCACCUUUUGCACUGGAUAGAAGCGCGUAGUCUACUCCAUGAACAACAACACUCGCGUUGGUCCGAUGUUUUAAAAGAUGCUUGUCGAUUUAUAUUACAAUUCAAGAUGGCCAUCGAAACAGCACCACUACAAGUCUACACGUCAUGUUUGCUUUUUAGUCCGCGCAAUAGCUUGGUACGACAGCUAUUUGCUUUUGAGGAGCCGAAAUGGGUUACAGUAAGUGAUCGGCCACAAAAAUGGGACGCUUGCAUGCAAACACUAGAGGGACACAGUGGCUAUGUCUGCUCUGCGGUUUUCUCUCCAGAUGGCCACAAGGUGGCGUCUUGUUCCGAUGAUGCAACAAUUAAAUUGUGGUCUGUGGCUACAGGAAGCUGUUUAGCGACGCUGAAUGGCCAUGCCGAUGCAGUUUGCUGUGUCUGCUUUCCCAUUAAAGGUAAUUGGCUGGCAUCUGGUUCCAGUGAUGGCAACAUAAAGAUCUGGGAUCUUGCUACAGAGUGUUGCAUAGAGACGCUCAUUGGCCACGAAAAGACCGUAAGCGCACUCGCCUUUGCACCAAAUGGCACCGAGAUUGUGUCGGGCUCGUUUGACGAAACGAUUAGGAUCUGGGACGUUGCGACGGGCUCAUGCUUGCGAUCCUUUCAUGCCCGCCAUAUUACCGCUGUGGGUUUCGCUUCACAUGGUAAUGUGUUUGCAAGCUCGUCGCACGAAAGAAGCAUACGAUUCUGGGAGUUAGAGAAGGGUACUUGCUUAUAUACGAUUAGGACUGUAAUCAAGAUUCACGACGUGUCUAUCUCUCCACACGGCACGAUGCUCGUUUCCGGAGGCAUCAACGGCAUCGAACUUUGGGAUUUAACCUUAAGGAUUCGUCUGAAGUGGUUCCAUGUUAUCGGGGUCGUUACUUCCAUUACUUUCUCCCCUUGUGGGCAGUACGUCGUCUAUCGUACUGAUUCCACGCCGUCACCAAAGGGGCCGACGGUAUUGCAUCUGGAGUCUGGGAAUUCUAGGGAGGCAAAUACAACGGAUUGGGGGGAUCACGGGUCUGUAUCGUACUCACCUGAUGGCACAAAGAUUGUUUCUACGUUAGGCAACGUUGUGUGGCUGUGGGAGGUGGCUCUGCUGCGAGACUGUACCGAACCGAAGGACGAUGAUGAGAUUGUGAACAACAUGUCGAUCUCUGCCGAUGGACAACGAGUCGCAUUAGGCGGGACAGGCAUUACUAUUUGGGAUAUUCCUACUCGUCGACGUGUGCUGAAAUUCGGGGAUAUCGGAGGUGCCCUUUAUCAUUUGGUGGAAUUUGCACCGGACGGCUACGUGUUGGCAUCUGGGUCUCAGUUUGGUAAAAUUAACAUCUGGAACGCGUUUGGCACGUGCGUCCAGACAUGCAAGCCCACCAAGUGGUCUGAGAUGAUGGAAGAAAUUGAGGAGCUUGCAUUUUCUCCAAGCGGUCGCUUUAUCGCUUCCAGCUCUGCCCACGAUAUCAAAAUCUGGGAUGUGCAGACUGGGUGCCAUUUGCUGACGCUGAAGUGUCUACCGUUCGGCAGGAUUACCUUUUUACCAUGUAGCCAACGACUAGCCUACGCUACGAACACAUCGAGUGUCCAGAUUUUUGAUAUUUCGACUGGAUGUUGCAUACGCGAGUUUUCGACAACCGAACACUGGGGUUUGAAACCAGUUGCCUUUGAUAAAGACUGCAAGAGAAUGCUGUCAUUAUCAGGUCUCAUGAACUUUCAGAUUCACGAUCUAGAUACUGGAAGAAGUGAGGAAUUUCGACCGGCAAGGCGCAUUUGGAAUAGGUCAUUGGACCAUGAUGAUAAAGGGUAUAAUGUCAGUAUAGACUACAAGUGGAUCUUGAAAGACGGCAAACGGCUCAUUUGGAUCCCUCCAAGUCUCCGAGAGAAUGAUGAAGAGACAAAUUAUUUGGCAAUAUGCGACUCGGCUGUGAUUCUUGGCCACGGUUUGGGCCCAAAGAUACCGCUGUUUCUAUGGUUUGAUACGGCUGAAUUGGGAUGA